UUAGAAACACAAAACCAACUUCGAUACUUUCAUGUUAUAAAUGUUUUCACUGCGUAAUAUUUACUGUUAAUAAAUCAUUUAAUGAUUGUUAAGCAUCGUUUUGUGUUUGGUUGACGAUUUAAUGCAAUUGUGAUAAUAUAACAAAAAUGGUGGCUGGUCCUACGGAACAUGGAACGCAGGCAGAUGUAAUAUUUGUCAUUGAAGGCACAGCUGUAAAUGGAGCCUAUCUUAAUGAUCUCAGAACUAAUUAUGUGGGUCCAACGCUCGAAUAUUUCAAUCAAGGUCCCAUCGAAGAUAGGGAAUAUGUGUCCGAGAAUAGUUCAACAUUGUAUGGUAUAGUGAUAUACCAUGCUGCCGACUGUUUGCCAGCACCAUGUACAGAAACUUUUGGGCCGUAUGCCAAUCCUCACAAGUUACAACUUGUUCUUGAUAAGUUAGAGAUGGUUGGUGGGAAAGGUGAGUCGUAUGCAAAUAUUGGAGAAGGUCUUGCUACUGGAUUGCAAUGCUUCGAGGACUUACAGUUACGACGUGAACCGAAUACAGCAUCACAGAAACAUUGUAUUCUGAUUUGUAAUUCUCCUCCUUAUCAGACGGUCAUACAAGAGUCGUAUAAAUUUGCUGGCCAUACCAUAGAGCAGGUGGCUACUUUGUAUCAAGAGAGGAACAUUAAUCUUUCAAUAUUAUCACCAAGAAAAAUACCCGCACUGUUUAAAAUGUUCGAAAAAGCUGGAGGUGACCUACAGUCGUCGCAAACUAAAAAUUAUGCUAAAGAUCCACGACAUUUGGUGCUGCUACGUAAUUACAAUUUGAAAGAAAGGCCUGUUAGUCCUCCAAUUGGCGGUGCUGUUCAUAACAAUCCGGGCACAGCUGCACAAAUUCCGUUGAGCCCAUUGCAAAGCAAUGACAGUCCAAAUACGAAUCAAGUUCAACAAAAUAUUGCUCAGCCAACCCAGUCACAAGGUCCUCCAUUCAGAAAUCAAACGCCCCAAAAUAUUGCUCCAGUUCAUCAAACGGUGGUACCAAUUCCGACUGUUAUGAGUACUGGAAGACCACCCUACAAUCCUCAAAUAUCCGCUCCACCAACUUAUCACCCACCAGCACAAACAAGAACAGGCCCAAGAUGGAGACCUUUUGUGACACCAGGAAACACUGGAGCCGCGAAUCCUCAGAGCAGUGCCUUGAUAGCACAGUUAAAUCAGCCUCCUUCGUUGGGUCUUAAUGUAACACCAUUUGGUCAAAGAAUGGACGUUCUUCAUAGUACUCACAUGUUGCAUGCACUUUCAGUAGCCAACACCAACGUUAUGGCUGCCAAUGCGCAACAGCA